AUGGUUUUGAUUCAUGUUAAGCAUGGUGAUGAAAGUCAGUUUUUAUAUGAUGCAUCUUUAGAAACUCUUGUUGAUGAUUGUACUUUAAAUAUUACAACAAUUUAUAAUGGACGUUUAAAGAUAUCCAGAAUAUGUAGUGAACUUGAAGAGCUUAAAAAACAUGGCACACUAUUACCAUCAGAAAUAAUGGGUUUAACCGAUGAACAAGUUUCUGAACUCAAGUUAGUUGAUACCUGGGGUGAAAAAUGUAUACCAAGUGGUGGCUUUACAUACAAUAAAGAUCCAAUAGGACGUAGAAAUGGUAAACAGCCUAAUGAGCAAAUGCAAAAUUUGUUGACAAAAACAAUCGAAGAUGCUAAGGCUUGUGUUUCUAAGAAGUUGGUUCAGUCACAAAUAACUUUAACUCAGAAAAAGAUUCAAGAAGCGUUGGAUAUGCUUAGAGGGGUUGUCAUGAUAAUUUAUCCGAUGAAUCUUCCACCUCAUGAUAAUAUUAGACUUGAGUUGGAAAACAAUGAAGAUCUGACUGGAACGCAUGCGUCUCUAGAGGUAAUCGAACCUAGUGCAGCUCAGCUUUGGUUUUCUGGUCGUGAGUUAUUACGAGAUUCUGAUAAAAAGAUGAGAGAUUUUUUGGGCCGUAAUGAAAAAACAAAAAUUGUAUUGAAGUUGACAAAGACUGGAUCAGGGCCACCAGCUCGGGAACCGCCGUUAAGUGAACAAGACAGAAAAUUGUUAAUGGCCCAUGCGUAUAAAAAACAAGAAGAGUUAAAGAAACUUAACCAAGACGAUGACGACGUGUAUCUCAACUCUUCCUGGGCCGACGGCGGAAGUUUGAAAAGAAGUCUACAUCAAGUUGGUGACAUUUCCUGGAGGCCUAAAUAAUCCAUUCGGG